GAGUUACACAUGAGACUUUCUCUGCGCCAAUUCGCACCGCACGCUGUUUUCCUUCAAAAACAAUUAUGUUCUAAUUGAUCUCAGAACUCCUGCCCGCAUGAACAUUACACUUAACACGCACAUACAGAGGGAGAUAGAGGGAGAAACAAAUCCAAAGGCGGUGUGAAGAAGAGCUCAAGCCAAAAGAGAGAACAAGAAAAACAGAAACAAUAACAAACCCUAACCAUGUGUUUAGGGUUUCCAUUCGCAUCAUUUGCCAGUAGCAAUCGCUGAGUAUACAAAAUCUGUAAUUCCCGAUAAACAUGGCCGGCGACGAUGAUAAGCCGAACAAGGAUAAUCCAUUGCCGUCUCCAAAUCAAGAAAAAGUGGAAGAUAUGAAGCUUUGGGGGAUUUUUCUCUUCGGGCUGAUCGGUGCCACUGCCACCACUUUCGCCGUUGGCCAACUGCGAAGGACUGUUGAUUGGUUCUAUGUUCAGUUGGCCAGGUCGCAAUCAUCGCGGAAGGGAGCAACUGGCAGUUCUUUUCGGUCAAGCUUUCAGGAGGAAGCAUGGAAAAAGUAUAAUCGCCGCAUGCAAGAGGAGUAUGAAGAAGAAAUGGAGAGAGUAGAACGCAUAAGACGAAUGCAAAGUGUGUUUAAUAGAGAGAGGAACAAAUACAAAAGGGGCUAUGAGAGCUGGAAGGAAAGUGGUCCGGGGGCAUAUCAUCAACAUUUCCAGCGAGAAGACUGGUAUUGGAAAACUGAUUCAUCCUAUAAAGAUCACAGAACUAAUUACAGGGAAACUCCAAGAGCAAGUGCAGGUUAUUCAUUAUCGCAUCAUUAUUCGGUUUUAGGUCUGGACAGGUGCAGAACAACACCAUAUACUGAUGCUGAGAUUAAGACAGCAUUCAGGGCCAAGGCAAAGAAGUUUCACCCAGAUCAGAACCAGGAUAACAAAGAUGCUGCCGAGGCAAAGUUUAAAGAGGUGAUGACAUCCUAUGAGGCCAUAAAGCAAGAAAGAAAGAAUUUUUCUUGACUCUGCCACAGAAACGGGUAAGACCUAGAAGAAUACUCUGGUAUUUUGUGGUAUACAGCUGCUCAAUUCAACCUUUUUCUUAACGGUAUUAGAGCUGUGUUCAGAAAAGUGAUUAAUUGGAAUUAUUGAGUGGGAUUAUAAUAUUGUACUACAGGCUAUCUAGGUAUGAAUGAUGACUUUGAGUAACUGAGUCGCGCAUAAGAGGGUGGAUUACGCAUUUAUAAAGCAUACCACCGUGUGUGUCUCCCCAUGUGAUAUAUGGUGUCCCCAAGUUCAAGGAUUUUGUAGUUGAGUAAAUUACAAAUAAUUCAAUUCAGAUACAUCUGUAUUGCUCAUUACUUGUUAACACAGUCGAUAAAGAAUGAGAAUCUUUCAGGUGGAGUUCCCCUAUUUAGAUGUAAUUUACGUUCAGUCGUGAAGGGAACUAUUUACAGCAAUGAGAACGACUUUGGCUAAAAGCGUGAUGUAACAUGUUGUUUGCUAAUAUGCAUUCCUAUAUAAACUAUAAUCUCAUUUGAUCUUCCUUUAAUUUGAA